AAUACCAGUUCGAUGAUGACAUUUCAAAUGCCUAUUUAUACAAAAAGGAGAAAACACAAAGGUAGUGCAAAAUGUAUCACUACUCUACUCUUUUUCUACUUGCCAGUGGUUUUGUAUUUUCUACUGCAAAAUGCCCGGCGAAUUCAUUUUGUUUUUCACCAAGUCGUGUGAAUAUCACAGUUACUUGCAAUAAAAACGAUGGAUUCAUGAGUUUGAAAUGGAAAACAGAGGAAAAAAGGUCAGCAGUGAAGAUAUACAAUGGGGUGAACCUUCUUGAAUUUGUUUGCGGAUUUCCCAUUGGAAGCUCAAAUAUUGAUGUCAAAACCUACAAACUAGAAACUUUGAAAUCUGAAAAUUUAACGUCGUGUGAGAUUGAUUUUUAUCCGGGGGAUGUUCUAUUGAUGAGUGAAUCUUCAAGCUUAAAAUGGUCCAACGAAAAGUCCGAAUUCUUCAAUUUCCAUGAAAUUUGCAAUCCGAAAAUUGAAGGUCUGAGUAAAGAAUUCAAACGAUUACUUGUAAAAUUACAUGCAAUUCUAAUGAUUCUCGGAUGGCUUUUCUUUGUUCCAACGGGAUUUUUAUUUGCAAGAUAUGGACGGCAAGUGUUCAAAAAUCAUACAAUUUACGGAAUGUUCGUAUGGUUUCAAAUUCAUCGAGCCUCAACUUUUAUUGGUGUUUGUUGUAUUGUAACCUCGAUUUUGUGCAUUUUAAUUUCAACAAAUUGGACCUGGAAAGGUACUGGAUCUGAAGCAUGGUACUGGACACAAUGGCACACGGAUUUUGGAACGAUUUCUACUAUUCUGGCAUUCUCCCAGCCGUUGAAUAGUUUGUUGAGAUGCCCACCUUCCAACUCACAACGUUCAAUUUUUAAUUGGGCUCAUCGAAUUGUUGGCCUUCUCUCCUACACUUUUGCUGUGGCCGCAAUCUACGUGGCUGCCGCCAAUUAUCGAAAGACAUGGUCAGAGCCAACAAUGGAAAUUGUGCUGACCAGUGUGCCGACCAUUUUGUGUAUCGCCACAGGAUUCGUAGUUUUGUAUUUGGAAAGCGAGCAGAGAAAUGGGUAUAGGGAAGUUGAAAUGAUCGAAAAAUCCGAAAAAAAUUCCAAAAAACCGGAGCGUCUUCAACUUAUCCAAAUCUCAUGGAUGUUCGCCGUUGUUGGAAUCUGCUUCGGUGUCGCCAUUUCAUUAUCUCUUCUGAUUGCAAAUGGAUUCAAAAAUGACUAAUCACCUCUUUUUCAAUGACAACUAAUUCUCGUACCAACCACUUUUCUCUUUCUGACCUGACCUGCAAUAAUCCAUUAAACGGCUGUGUGUGUCCUCUUUCUCACUUUAUCACCAACUAUCUCUUCUAGAAAAUAAAUAUAUAUUUUCUA